AUGAAUAUCCCAGCUUCAGAAUCAGAAGUUCAGAAAUCUCAUGAAGAAAGAUAUAAAAAUUAUGUCUCAGAAUCAACACAAAAUUUAUUAGAUGGUGAAAUAGAUGAAACACUUUCAGAAGAAGGUACUAAAUUUAUACGUAAACAUAAGUUACAAUUUAUUGAUAAUGAAGAAUACCCUUGUAUAUUACUUUCACCCCCUCUCGAUUCUGAGAAAUUCAAAAAAGCUCUUAAAAACGUGACAUAUGCAACUAAUACGAUUAAGAAAGAAGAUCAUGAUAUUUACACAAAUUAUUAUUUAAAUAAAUGCACAGGUGUUGAUAAAGUUUUUGAUUUAUUAGAUAAAAUAUCAAAAGAAACCAUUGGAACAUAUAAAAUUUUAUGUGAUUGCGGUUUCAUUGUUGAAGAUACUAAUAAUGUUUCAUAUGAAAGAACAGCACCGAAGGAAGAUGAAGUGGAAAGGUCUAUACCAUUCGUUAUUAAGAACAUAAAAGAUAUGAAAACUUAUAAACAUUAUAUUUAUUCAUUUAUUUCAGAAAAAAUGGAAGCAACCCAUAAAACAUCUUCUCAUCAUUUUAUAGCUAUUCAUACAUUCCUUUUCAAAGUUGUGAAAUUAAAUAAGACAGGAAUUAGAUUUAAUGUAUCAGGGUACGCAUUCUUGAGUAAAUUAAAAUGUAUUCGUCACGUCGCAGAUGAUAAAAAUUUAUGUGUUCUUAAUUCAUUUUAUGGGCUUUAA